AUGAAGCACUAUUGCAAGUACACAGGAAGUGGACAUUUCCUAUUACUGGAAGGUAGCAUUGACCUGGUAACCAUCCUCAAGGGAACUUCCUACUACCGUCGCAGGAAGUAUCACGACUAUGUUUCUGAUUUCAUACCGCCAACACCUUAUGAAGCCAAAAUAAGCUCAUUUUCAUCAUCACCACCAGUGACAAAGAAAUGCAGUCUUGAAUCUAAAAGAAGAAUGUUUUUAAUCGAAGGACACAAGUCGUUGGAUGCCGUGCCUAGUGUUGUUCCUAGCAGUAUGGAUCUUUUGGUUGUGGAAAAGCGCACAGGAAUCAAUAAUUCUCCUCAAUUUCCUGCUGAGAGAACAAGGAGAAAAGAUCCUUUACAUGGCUUCAAUGAGUACACUAAUGGAUGGAACAUCAGUGACCACCAUUAUUGGGCUUCAGCGGCAUAUACAGCAGUUCCUGUAUUCAGCAUUGCACGACAUCCUAACAGGCCUACUUUCCUGGAUCACAUGUAUAACAUGACUGAAAAGUUCGUGGAACUCCAUGGUGAUCGUGAAGGAUACGAUGAUCCUGCUAUUGUCGCUGGUCUAGGGAGCAUAGAUGGUAAAACCUACAUGUUCAUCGGCCACCAAAAGGGUAGAGAUACUAAAGAAAAUAUUCAGCGUAACUUUGCGAUGCCAACUCCACACGGUUAUAGGAAAGCUCUGCGCUUGAUGGAAUAUGCAGAUCAUCACGGGUUCCCGAUAGUUACUUUCAUUGACACCCCUGGGGCAUUUGCUGACCUCAAAUCCGAGCAACUUGGUCAAGGUGAAGCAAUUGCUCAUAAUCUGAGAUCCAUGUUUGCUCUGAAGGUGCCAGUUAUUUCUUUAGUUAUUGGGGAAGGUGGAUCUGGCGGUACCCUUGCCAUUGGAUGUGCUAAUAAAUUACUCGUGCUUGAAAAUUCAGUGUUCUUUGUUGCCAGUCCAGAGGCAUGCGGUGCAAUCUUGUGGAAGAGUAAUAAAGCUGCUCCAAAGGCUGCUGAGCGACUGAAGAUUACAGCAUCUGCAUUGUUGAAUUUGGAAAUUGCAGAUGGCAUUAUAGCGGAGCCCCUGGCUGGUGCACAUACUGAUCCAAGUUGGAUGUCUCAACAGACUAAAAUUGCAAUCAAUGAAGCUAUGGAUGAAUUCACCAAAUUAACCAACCAUAACCUGCAAAAAAAAAUUUAA